CGCGUGGAGGGCGGAGCACGCUUCUCCAGAGGUGGAACCAGCAGCACCCGAGAGCCGGCGUCCUCGGUCCGCACCCGUUCUUUGCCGGCCGGCGCUUCGGCUGUGCAGUGUUGCCCAAGCCUCGAGACUUAGUGAGCAGUGUCUUUCAGAACUUGCCCACAUAACUAGUUCCGAUGGCUGGGAAUAAAGGAAGAGGACGUGCUGCUUAUACCUUUAAUAUUGAGGCAGUGGGAUUUAGCAGAGGUGAAAAGUUACCCGAUGCAGUAUUGAAACCACCCCCACUAUUUCCUGAUGCAGAUUAUAAACCAGUGCCACUGAGAACAGGAGAAGGUGAGGAUUAUAUGCUGGCCUUGAAACAGGAGUUGAGAGAAACUAUGAAAAGAAUGCCUUAUUUCAUGGAAACACCUGAAGAAAAACAAGAUAUUGAAAGAUAUAGUAAAAGAUAUAUGAAGGUGUACAAGGAAGAGUGGAUACCAGAUUGGAGAAGACUCCCAAGAGAGAUGAUGCCAACGAAAAAAUGCAAAAAAGCAGGCCCCAAAUCCAAAAAGGCAAAAGAUGCAGGCAAAGGCACUUCACUCACUAAUACUGCAGAUGUAUUGAAAAAAAUCGAGGAAUUGGAAAAGAGAGGUGAUGGUGAAAAAUCAGAUGAGGAAAAUGAAGAGAAAGAAGGAAGCAAAGAGAAAGGUAAAGAAGGCGAGGAGGAGGAGGAAGAUGAUGCUGCAGAACAAGAAGAAUACGACGAAGAAGAGCAAGAAGAGGAAAAUGACUACAUUAAUUCAUACUUUGAAGAUGGAGAUGAUUUUGGCGCAGACAGUGAUGACAACAUGGAUGAAGCAACCUAUUAGCUGUGAAAUUUCUCAAAAAAUAUUUCUAUGUUACAGCUUCUGAACAUUUGGACAGAUUUUUUUUCUAUUUUAUUUCUGAUAAAGAAUGAGUAUUUUAUUUUUGUUCCUGUUUUGUUGUACAAAUAUUUGUUACCAAAACAUUCAGAACCACUUUGAGUUUGUGUACUAGUUACCUUACCAGUUAGUCUCGGACACUCUGACAUUCCUUCUCAACACCUCUGUCAUCCCUCUUAUGUAUUCAACUGGAUUUUUUUUUGUAUUAUUUGGAUUAGAAUGUGCCUAAAGAGUUUUUGCAUCUUUUAAUCUAUGUAUUCAUACUUGAACAAAUUAUUCUUGUUUAACUGCUGAUCUUUUGUAAAACUAUUACUAGUCAUCAUAAUGGAUUUCUGUAAUCUGAAAGUUGAUUUAGUACUGCACAUGGAGCACUUUAAAAACAGAGACUUGAAAAUAAUUUUAUCUUUUACUUUUACAUGGUAUGUUCUGUGCUACUAUAUUGUGACUGCAUAAACCUAUCUGAGCUCUUACAAGUGCAUAUUUUAUGAGAUUAGAAGUUUUGUGAUCAAAAUAGGGAAAAAUGCCAAUCUAAGCUAUAUAAAUUUCAUAGCUCACAUCUCAGCCAGUACAAAGACCUGGGAUGAAUAUUAAAAAUACUUGAAUUUGGGGCUAACUUCAUGCCAUACAAUAUAUGACUUAAUCAUCCCACUGCAAUAAGUUUGAUAUCUUUCAAUAGUUGAGCUUAUGAAAAAUUAGACUGAGACAUUUUAAUUUUGUACUUUACGAAAAUGUGGAGUAAGUUCUCAUCAUAUAAAUCUCACUGCAGGAUGCAUGCAUGUGAAAUCUGUAAGCUAUAGUGGCCUCUGUUACGUUUUACAGGACUCAUAGCUAGCCAACUGAUUUAUAUAACAGUGCGGAAUAAAACUCAGGUCAUUUUGAAAUUAAGAUUAAUCUUUUUUGUUUCGAUUAAAAACUAGCUCCCCUGCUUUUUAUAUUGGGGGGGAUACUUAAAAACCUCAGCCUCCAAAAAUGCCAAAGAUUUUCAAGGAAAUUCAUAUUAUAUAUUUCAAAAAUGACUUAUUAACAUUAUCCCCUAAAAGAAAUUUAUUUUUCCCUUUUGGGAAGAUAUCACCCAUUACCCUCGGAGAAUCAAAGCACUGUGUUCAACAUUUCUACCUUUACCGUUAAACUCAACCUUGAAAUUGAGCUUGGUUAAGUUUUCUGUGCCUUAGUUUCUCCACUUAUAAACACUUUCCUAUAAAAAUUGCUUAAACAUCAACCAAAAUUUACCAUAUGUAUUCAUCCUCUUACCUUAUAGAAAUGAUCACUCAAUUUAAAUUUGGUUCUCACUCUCUAAAAAAUUGUGGCUUGGAAAGAGAUUGGAAACACGGUUUUGAGAAACAAACAUGUUUUCUUCACGAAAUAUGUUGUAAUAUGAUUUUCCCAUCUUGUAUUCUGGUGGGGAAAAUUUAUGUUUUCUUGUGCCAUUUUGUAACAUGGCGAGAUUUCUCAGGAAAAAGAUCACUUUCAAUUGUAAUACUUCCUCAGAUAAUUCAAGAUAGAUGUGAGGACCAUUAUUAGUUCAGUGCUAUGUUGAUCAUAUGUGAAUUAUUUCUUGUUUAAAGGAGCUUAUCAAAAAAUUUAAAGAUUCUAAAUGGAAAACAUGAAUGAAACAAGUCUACUUUGCAGCAAUCUACUGUACUUAGACUAGAAACCUCACAUAAAGUUUUCAGUUGUAAUGGGCAAGUAGUCAUUUAGGAGUGGUAAUUAACAUAGGUGUUUUAUUCUCUCCCUUCUUAGUACUGUAGCCAAAUACCAUUUACUUUAUAGAAAUUUUAUCUCUAUGGUUCUGUUGACUUGCUUUAUUAUAAAUCUGCAGGUAACUGCUUGAAUCAGGCAAAUACACCUAAGAUAACAGGUAUUUCUUUUCCUAGCUUUCAGUUUGUCUCCACAGAUUUAGUCCUGCAGGAUUUGCUCUGGGAGCGCCCAGGCAUCUCCCUUAAGCAUGCUGUCUUCCCCCUUUGGAGGAUCUUUUUACAAGUUUAAAGUAGACUAAAACAGGCAGGAUUUGCAGCCUGCUUUCCCAGCAUGAAUCUUGUUUUCCUGGCUUAAAAUCUCGAGAGACUGUGAAAUUAUUCCAUAGGAUGGUAAACUUUAAUGCAGAGAUACCCUCUUAUAUUUAAAGAAGUACUUGUUGGUGAAGUGUAUUUAAAAUUGCUAUAUAAUGGGCAAAAAACUGUUUUGUUGCUAUAAUGCUUAUUUUUCUGUAUUUGUUUACACAUUAAAUUCUU